UUCCCGGAGCAUUGCGAACGGGGGUAUUUUCUUCUGGGAAUAAAGCUGAGAAUAGACGGGAGGAGAGCCUCAGAGCUUCACCUCGUUUCCUCAUCCCCUCUCGCAUGCGAACCUCCUGCAACAUCUCCUUCCUCCUGCUCCUCUCACCUGGCCGCCUCUGCCCAGAUCAUGUCCGCUAAGCUCCUGCUGGUUUUCUUCCUCCUCUCAGUGUUCCACGCCCGUUCCAGAAAGGUUGAAGAGGAUGAAUAUGAAGAUGGAACAACCAACCAAAAAUGGGUUCUAGCUCCAAAAACACAAGACACAGAUGUGACCUUGAUACUAAACAAGCUGUUGAGAGAGUAUGACAAAAAACUACGGCCAGAUAUUGGAUUAAAACCAACAGUUAUUGAUGUUGACAUUUAUGUCAACAGCAUUGGUCCUGUAUCAUCAAUAAAUAUGGAAUAUCAAAUUGAUAUAUUUUUUGCUCAGACGUGGACAGACAGUCGUCUUCGCUUCAACAGCACCAUGAAAAUUCUGACUCUAAACAGCAAUAUGGUUGGUUUGAUCUGGAUCCCAGACACAAUAUUUCGGAACUCCAAGACAGCAGAAGCACACUGGAUCACCACCCCAAACCAGCUCCUCCGGAUAUGGAAUGAUGGCAAGAUCCUGUACACCCUCAGGCUUACCAUCAAUGCUGAGUGCCAGCUGCAGCUACACAAUUUCCCAAUGGAUGAACACUCAUGUCCACUGAUAUUCUCAAGCUAUGGCUAUCCUAAAGAAGAAAUGAUUUACAGAUGGAGAAAAAACUCAGUGGAAGCUGCUGACCAGAAGUCUUGGAGACUCUAUCAGUUUGACUUCAUGGGUCUCAGAAAUACUUCAGAAAUUGUGAACACCUCUGCAGGUGAUUAUGUAGUCAUGACUAUAUACUUCGACUUAAGUAGAAGAAUGGGAUACUUCACUAUUCAAACAUACAUUCCCUGUAUAUUAACUGUUGUACUUUCCUGGGUGUCCUUUUGGAUUAAAAAAGAUGCCACACCAGCAAGAACAGCAUUAGGGAUUACUACAGUAUUGACCAUGACAACUUUGAGCACCAUUGCAAGAAAGUCAUUACCCCGUGUCUCCUAUGUCACCGCUAUGGAUUUGUUUGUGACUGUAUGCUUUCUAUUUGUAUUUGCUGCUCUGAUGGAGUACGCAACACUCAACUACUACUCCAGUUGCAGGAAACCAAACUGUACUAAGAAGAAAAAGUCGCUACCUGAUGUCAGUUUUGGUCAUGUGAUGAAUUAUUCUGUACUUGAUAUGAGACCACCAACUACAGUCAUCACAUUGAACAAUGCCAUGUAUUGGCAAGAAUUUGAAGAGGCAUGUGUCUAUGAAUGUCUGGAUGGGAAAGACUGCCAGAGUUUUUUCUGUUGUUAUGAAGAAUGUAAAUCAGGCUCAUGGAGGAGAGGACGGAUUCACAUAGACAUCUUAGAAUUGGACUCUUACUCUAGGGUCUUUUUUCCUACAUCCUUCCUGCUCUUUAACCUGGUCUACUGGGUUGGAUACCUCUAUCUUUAAAAGUUGCCUGUAGUGGUGAAGACUGCUGUGUUUUCACACUGAGGAGAGAUGGUGAAAGUGCAGCAAAAGUGAAGGACAUGGUCAGUUUCAUCUCAAAUUAUAAAGGCCGCAUUAACCUUCACCGUCACAGAGUGUGAUGAAGAAUUUUAAUUGCCUAAAAAGAAAAACAUGGAAGAAUUAUCUCCUUACUGCUAUUCAUUUUAAGGGAAAGAUUCCUAAAAAUUCAGCUGAAUUUGUAGUGUAAGCGAUGUUUAUGAAUAAUUAUUGUAUAUUAGAAUUCUUACUAUUCUCCCUUGACAUAGAAGCUAUACACAGUUCAGUCAAAGGUUAAGUAUGUCAUUUUGUUCUUCAUUCCCAUAGUUUCUUCAAAAUCCUGCCAUAUCCCUGAGGCUCAGAAAAAGACACAACACACUCGCAUUAGCAAAUAAGCUAAAGCCCAUGAAACUAUUCAUUUGUAUUUAAACUUACUUGAGCUAUGUCCCAUAGGUUCUGGGAAAUAUUUUCCUGAUGAUCUCCUUGCUGUAGAGAAACCAUCAAAAGACGGUAAUCUAUGUCUCUGGUGAGAUCAAAAUAGAGAAGUUACUUUCUGCACAGGUCUGGGAAUCAUGGAAUUUGAUGCUUACCUACAUGUAUUUGUUUUAAUUUGGGGUAGAAAUAACACUAAUAUUUUGAUAAAAAUAAAUGACUUGCCUAUCUCUGCACACAGGCAGCUGUAGGCAUAACUUCUACAGUUUUUCAAGAUUUUAACUGUCUUUUUUAUGAGUGGUUAAACACAGGAUGGUCAUUGAUUUCUAAAGUACUUCUACUUGAAGCAAAACAAGAUCCUUGUGUCAUUGUAGCAGAUCACAGGCCAUUAGUAAAAAUCACUAUAAUAGCACUCGUAAUAUGUGACUUUCUUCAGAUUGAAGUGUACUAAAAAGUGCCCUCAUUUUUAUGCAUUCUUAUUUUUUUCUCUCAAUGUUAUUUUACAAAAUUAAAAAAAAAAAAAAUGUUGCCAAAGGACAUUUUUAUUUCUUCCAUAAAGUUAAAUGUUGCAGACCUUAUCUACGUUCCCCAGAUCUGACCUGAAGAUUGAAUACAUUUUUUAAAAUUAAACUGUUACCCUUGGAUUAAAGGUGGAGUAGUUGCCACAUGUAGCAAAGGUUGAAAGGAUUUUUCCUGAACUACCAACUAUAUUUUAGUCUAGAAAUUUAUUUUGUAUUUUUCAAUCUUUUAACCAUUAAAUUCUUAAAAUACACAUUUUUUACAAACAAUUUGCUUUUUGUUGUAAAACUGAAUUGCUUCUUUUACAGACUGUCUCAAUAAUUGUAUUUAAGCAAAGAAAAUAUUCAAAAAUCAGUAAAAAGGACCUUGAAUAGCGAAUAGUUACAAAUCGUUAAUGAUAAACCAUACCUAAAAACUACACUGUAUUUUUUUCUCUUCUGAAAGACUUUAUUAUUUUUUUUCUCACCUCAAAAGAAAAAAAAAGAAAAGAAGUAGAUUCGAUUGAAAAGCAGUUCCUUUUAUACUUCAAAGGAAAACAGAAAUGCUGUCAUGUUCUUUGGAACAUCGCUGCAUGUCAAUGCUGUUUCCCUAUGUUUCCAGUGAAUUUUAGUGGAGAAAAAUCACUAAUAAGAAAUAUAAAUGCAGUUUAUCUUCUGUUUUUCACUUGUCCAAAAUAUAAGAAACUAGGGAUACAUUUAGAUGGGGGAAGGAAACCACUUGUCCAAAGACUGAAAGUAAAAGAAGCAAAGAGAAGAAAUGUUUGUGGGCAAUAUCAAAACCUUACUCUUUACAAAACCUCUGAUGACCUGAUUUCAAAAUACAUCUUGAAGCUUUUGAUAACUGUCAGUAGCAAAUUACUCUGUGAACCUAUUAUCCUGCAAAACUCUGUGUCCUGCAUUGUAAGUGUGGCUUUCAUUGAAGCAGAGUUCCAUUUUCAGUAGUGCUAGGAGGAAAUUAAAUUGAAUUUGAAUAUCCUGGUCUUUAAUUACAAUGUAAUCAAUGACAGCCACCUUUGGCUGUAUUUUACAAGAAUACCAGGAGUACCUCAAACCUAAAUAAGAGUUUGGAAACAGUUAUGCUUUGGGGGCCAGAUCCUGCAAAACCUCUCCACAGUCAUUUCAUUUUGGUGGGAGUGUUUAGAUGAAUGAGUUGCAUGAAGGUAGGUUCUACCAUUAAGUCUUGGAUAGGUAAAGUGAGGUUUAUUUAGCAGUUGUAUAUCUGAGUUACUGUCCCAGGAGUAAGUGUAGAAGUGGUUUUUGUACUUGUGCUUUUUUUGUACUAAAUUUUGUUUGUACUUCUGCUCAUAGCUGCCUACACCAGCUAAAAGCACACAGUCCUGUCAAAGCCUUACUUGAAGGAGUAAGACUUAGUCCAUUUAUACUGCCUGCACUCUCUGACCGCUUUCAUAACUUGGAACUUGGAAGCUUAUCACUCCAUUCCUUUCCAUACGCCAUCCCAAGAAAGAAUCUGCAACCACUUUUGAUUUCCACUGCUACACUGGCAGCAAAGGACAUCUUCUACUUUGCAAUAUCUUUUCCUCUGUGUUCCAGAAUACAUAUGUCUGCUUACUUCUUCUUGCUUGAUUUACUCUCUCUGCUUCACUGCUUUGUGCUUUGGCAGCCACUGAGAAAAGAUAAGUUUUCUAGGUUCUGCAUCAUUCAAAAGACAAUUAUUCUAGACAUCUAGAUAAUGUAGUCUGCAUACAUCUGUGUGCCAUGCCCUUCUGUAAUAGUAUGGAAUACCCUCAUUAACCUCCACAUAUUCUUUUGCUUCCUUUGCAGAUUGAAAAAGGUUAAUGCUUCUGUGCACUGUCCCAUGGGAAAUAUACAAAAUACCUUUUAGCCUUUUAGAAUGUUUUCUUAUCAGAUGAUUUCAUAUUCAAGACUUGCAUUUAUUCAGAUGCUUCUUUUUUGUUAUUUAGUUCUUUUUACACUUCCACAGUGACGAAGGAAACUUGUUUGGAUAGUAUGUAAAACCACCCUACAUUCUUUCCAAGUUACAGAAAAGAUUGUGAGGGUUUUUUAAUCUUGUCUCACUGGGUGAAAACCCACUUUUCCCAGGAAGGUGAGUAGAAGUAAAAUCAAGCUUCUUAUUUCUCUUCCUUCAAUCAAAAGUUGAUGGACAUUCAUUUCCUGCAUUAAAAGCUGCAUUUUCAAGGUAAUUGAGAGUGUAUAAAAUUAGUGUUCUGCUUAACUCAGUUUUAUCAUUUCUUCUGGCCAGGAUGUCUAUCAUGCUGAAAUCACUUUCUUUUACAGACAUUCUGACAAGAAUAAGCAUCUAACAACUUGCAGCCAGUUUAUGCUAUCUCUGUCCAGCAUACAAGUACUACAGUACACAAGUACUACUGGAACUGAAGUACUGUAUACAAUUUUAGCGUAACUUUCCAAUCAAGAACUACACUGUAGAUUAAACACAUUAAGCACUUUAUCAACCUUUUGUUCUCUUUCAGAUGCUUCUUCCCUCCAUCGUCAACACUCACUUGUAUGUUGGGUCAAUAAAAAUGAUUAAAACUACAGCUGCAGGAAUCCAAAAGUCCGGGAAUGUCCACAGAGACAGUGACAAAUAGCAAAGCAAAAACAGAAGGAAGAGAUUGUUUUUCAUUGCUGUGCAGUUAUCUAUCCCUCUCCUCUUAUUCAGUCCUUUACACCAUCUGCCACCAACUAACUCCACAUCAUCCACCUGAUGGAUUGCAUAUUCAUCAAUUAGAACAGUAGUGACACAUUGAGACUAUAGCUGAUUAUAUUUAUGGUAGUGGAGCAUGUUACCACACAUCUAAGAUAACUAUCUCAAACACUCCUACAGCUCUAAUUCUAAUGUGACUCAAAGCCUAAAGCCUCGUCUUGCUGCAAGAAUUUAUUGUAUCUCGAAUUUCCCAAUCCCUUCAUGAUCUAGGGAGGGAUGUUCACUGCCUUUUUUGUACACCCAAUUCCACCCAUUCUUCAAAUGCAAGAUGGUACUGGAAAGAAUGUAGUUGCUGUACUGCUUACUGGGAGAAAUUAAGAUUGUAAAUGUUUUAAUAUUUUUUUUGGCUUCAUGGUCUGGACAGUUGCUUUCACCUUCUAAACUGUAAAAUAAAGCACUCACUGCAAUUCAUAGAGGCUGUCCAUAAUUCACAGUGGUUUUCCCACUGGCUGCUCUUUGUGGGAUCUCCCUACAGAAAAGGCAAUCUGUGUCUGAUGAUCAUAGCUGCUUACUCAAGUGCUUUUUUCAAGGUAUAUUGUUCUCUUUGCUUACAGUGUAAUCUUUGUGCCUCUCACAUCAGUGCCUUUAGCAUUUCGCAGUUUUGAAGUAUAUACUAUCCCUGGCCUGUGAAACAGAAAGAGAGCCAGUGACCUUAGUGAAGUUCUACCUGACAACCAUAAAGUGGUAUGACCAUUGUUCUAGAUGCCAUCAACUUACACACUAAGCAUUUGGCUGAUAUUUUUUUUUAUAUUUCUUAAGCAAUCUGUAGGUUUCUUAAUUCCUAAGUAGCAAGAAAACUGCAUUGGGAUGCAGCAGUUUAACAGAAUCCUUCAUUCUUCACUCAACAGCUUCAAUCCACCUGAGAGGUGCUGAGCAUAAGUUCAGGGUUCAUGUUCAGCUCAUCUUGGUCACUUUCUAGAUGACUAUCUAAAACAGGCAAAACCAAAGCAUCCACUGGAGAGGUAUUCCCUGGCUAAAGGUGAGGAUGUUGGUGGGUUUUUUUUUCUCUCUUUUUUUUUCUCUUUUAUUCUUUCUUUGUUUCUUUUCUUUAUUGGUUCAUUUUCAAUUCUUCCUUCCUUCCUCUCUCCCUCUCCUUCUCUCCACUUCUUCACCAUCAACAAGAUCAAAAUUGGCUAAAUUCCUUUGCUAUUGAGUCCAGAAGCUGCAAACUAUUGUUUCAGGCAUCUCCAUACUUUGCUUUUGGGUAUCCUUGUGUACCAAUAACGGAGGGCAUGGAAGAUGUGAGGAGAGAACCAGCUGCCUAAGACACAAACCUUCCUCCAGCUACUGCUAUGCAAAUGUAGCGGUAUUUGUCAAUAGCUGUGAGACUCAGCACGAUUCUAGUGCUAACCUUCUCUUUGUAAACUUCAGUACUUUUCUACCAAUUAAUGAAAUAAUUAUUAUGCAUUUCUAGAUUUAAUGCUGCUGAAGAAAAACAAUCAUCAAACUGAAGUGUUUUUAAGAAGCUAUAGCCAUGGUCUACGACACUGGUUGGAUGGUCACUCUUCACUGGUCACUCUUAGGACAGAACAUAUAACUAUACUUGGUGAUGCUAUCCUACUCCAGCUCUCCAAUUAACAUCUAAUUGCUAGUUCAAUUACCACUUCCCAGAAGACCGAUAUUGUACUAAUUUAGAAUUUUAUUCUGAUAAAUUUAGUAAAUUUCAAGGACAACACUGUAAAAAUAUGACUAAUGCCAACACUUUCUCAUCCUCUUUUAUUUUCUUUUAAUGUCUAACUCUUAUUUUUCUUCACUGCUAGUAGUAGUGCCGCUAACAGCAUUCUCAUCUAAUUACUCAGAGCAGGGCACAAAGAACAGAGUGUUUUCGCAAAGCAUUGAUUAUCAACUUCUAUAAAAUAUUUACUGUGGAUUUCUAGAAGGUAUUUGAGGAGGAGCCAGCAGAGUGAAACAUUGAUUCAUGCACAGUGGUCAUCCCUAUGAUGCUCCUUCAUUAAUGACUUAACACAUUGCUGUGGUGGCUCACCACAAGAGAAAACACAAAGGAACACAAAAGAAAACAAUCUGAGUAGAGCCUUUGUCAUUUGUUUUCAUGCACGGUCUGCUGAAAGCAAUGGGAAAUAGAGACACUGAUUCACCAACAGAAUCUAUCACAUCACUGCAGAAGCAUUCUGAUUUCUAUCUUAUUCUGAGGGGGGGGGGGUGUUGAAACUUUUACUUUCAAAUGAAAAAGCAUAGUGCCAUCAGUCUUAUGGCAUAUUUCUAUAUCUAUAACAUUUUUAGCCUAUUAGUCUUCUUCAGGGAUUCUAGUACAUAAGACAAAAAUAAAGGCCUUCCUUCAAAACUCAGUGACCUUAAUACUUUUGCCUUUUCUCUUGGGAUUCAUGUUUGUUUGUUUGUUUUUCUAGAGAGCAAACAGAGAUUCUACUUAUUGGCAACUGUUUUAGAUGCUAAAAACAAAGCAAUGCUUUUGUGGUUGUUUUUUUUUUAAUUAUCUAAAACAAAAUGAUGCUUUAGCAGAAAUAAAGUCUCCACUUGACUUUGACAAAUUUAAUAGUGAAUUUUUGUACUCUAUACCUGUGUUGGUGUACUGAAAGAAACAUGCUUCUCUUUAAUACAGUCUAAGACUAAGACCUAAAUAAGGGAUAAACAUUGUUCUAAUCAGUCCAAUUUACCUAGCAGCUGUCCCUUUAAAUGGCUUUGGAUUGUGACUGACUUGCAGCGCUUGGCUAGUGUUUGUUCACACUCCUCAAGAUAGUUAUUCAAGUUCUGUGAUCAUACAUUCCUUUCAACAAACUUUACUUUCUUUAGUUUUUUUCUUUUUUGUUGUUGUUGUGAGUCCUUAAGUCUGUGUAUGAAUGCAUCUGGAGUCCUCAAGGGUUUUCCCAGAAUAUAUGUGAAAUUAGACAGUAACAUUCAUUCAACUCUGUGCUUCAGAGUUGGACACAUGAGAAUACUCUACUUUCUGUCAAGGCAAGUAUUCUGAUCUUCUAAUCAUUUGCUGCUUGAAGGACAAAGUAAGACAGCAGAAGAGCUGUGCUUACGUUUAUCCAUACAUCUGGAACAGUUUUUCUCAAAGACUGCGACAGGCAAACCAGGCAGUGACACAGUCAGCUAUUUCCCAGAUAUUCUUUUAUCCAAGUAAUGAAAGCACUAGCCAGAUGAGCCACAACAGCUUCCUUGGUGUCAUCAAAACACUUAACUUUACUUGGAGGCCUAAGCCAGCCUGUAGGUCUUCUUACAGGGGAACUCCCCUAAUGGCACUUAAUAUUCUAUUAAUGUUGCUUUACCUCCUUGCAGCUUAUGGUACUGCUUGGGAGGGAUGAAGCUGUACUGACACAAUACAAAAAGAUAAAAUACCCACAGUAAGUCUGGUCACUGCUUGUUAUUGAUAAUAUAAAAGAGAGUGCUUCUAGGCCUAAGUAAAAAAAUUCCUCAUCAAUCAAGCUACUUGACCAGAAGAAGGCUUUAAGUUAAAAUAUUCUUUGAAGCAAACAAGAAAAGCUUUGAAUCAUGUUCUGGAUGGAUUGACAACCCAUUGAUUGGUAUAAAAGCUUAGGGAGAGCAGAUUUUUAACAUAUGUACUUAAAAUGAGAGGCCAAAAUUUCUAAAUUUUAAAUGGAUAAAAAGGCUCAUAUUGACAACAUAUGGGAAAAGUAUUGCUGACAAAGGAAUGUGAAAGAGCAUGCUAGAGUGAUCCUUCCAUUCCAUAUGGACAGACCAUAUGGAAUCUUUAGAAUGUGAGCUCCUGUGAAAUUCGUGGAAAACUGAUAAAAUAGUUGCAUGCAGUAGAGUUACAUAGGCAGACUAGGGAAGUAGGACACUGUCAGAGUGCUUCAAAGGGAACAAUAACUUCACAAAGCAACAUUCCUCUGAACAAGAGUGCAAAUUUUGUGCAGAGGGAUUGCAGUAUCAGUCCCCCAUACUCUUUUCUGCAGUUUUUAAAGAGUCCUGAUUCUAUUGUUAUCCAUGCUUAUGUGCAGCCAACGUGGUUGUCUAAGUAGAAACACAAGACUGGAAAGAAUGAGUCCAGUCUGCUGCUAUCACAGGUAAUCACCAACCACUUCAUUCCGUCCAACUUUGAACUCUCAAUUAUUCUUCAAAACAUUUUUUCCAACUUGACUACAUAUGGAUAUUUUUCAUUUUCAGGUGAGUUCAAUUUUACGAAUCACAUAAACUCUACCAACUAUGUGCCAAAUUGAACUUUCUUACAGAACAAAAAUAAAAUUUUAGAUUUCUAAUCUUCCUACCUAAGUUUUUCUUAGGGGUGUGUGAUUUCUUUGCUAGCAGUGCAGCUUGUGAUGUCAUAGUGAAAUGAAAGUACGAUUCUGUGCCCAAUGUGCCUUGAAUAAUACAGGUAGCACUAGUACCAGUUUGUCAUUAUAAGUUAGACAGCCAUCCCAGUUGAUCCCUCAGACUGACUCAACCAGAAAACUCAAACACCUGUGUGCUUCAUAUCAAGUUCUCAAUGACUUUGCCCUAUCACAUCCAUUCCACUUUUCUUUGUGUUAAGGAGUAGGGCUGUGCGUCUAGAAUACUAUUUAUAUUCGUAUUUUGAUCCCAAUAUUUGUAUUUCUGGAUACAAAUAAAUACACAUUGUCAGAAAAUGCAAGUAUUGUGUGCAUAUAUUGGUGACUGUAUUUUCUUAUGAGAGUUGAGAACACAAAGCAAUAGAAACAGACAUCUGAAAAUCUUUGUAAGAGUAGACACACACAGUAAUUGUAGACUUCUUAUGGGGUUUUACUGAAAUGAAUAUCAGAAGAUUGUUUAUAAAUAUUUUCUACAAUCAGUAUGAGCAGCCAGUAAACUAAGGUUUGAAACCAAGGUCUACUCAGGGGGCUCAUGUAAAGUGGGAAGAAUAUCCUAUAAAAUUUAAAGAGAAAAUCAUAAAUAAGCUGUGUCUGUAACACAGACUGCUUAAAUAUAAAUAUUUCAUUAUUUAAAAGUUGUGAGUAAACUUGUUUUCAAAACUUCCCCAUCCAACUUUUUCAUUAAGUUGAAAGCUAGUUCUAUGGAUUUGCUUACACAAUUAAAUUUACUGACAAAAUUAUACUAUGUGUUUUUACAAAUAUAAUUUCUUUGCCAGUCACUUAUUGCACUUAUUAAACAUGAAUGUGCUUGUGGCUUAUCCUCUUGGAAUGCAACUUAAUUUCUGUCUCUGAAAAUCCAUUGCAACAGAAGUGCCAGUUCUCAACCAACUCAGACUGUGAAAUCCUUAUCACUUUUCAGGACUCGAGUCCACAGUAAAACUGAAGUUGAACAGCUGAGCCACAGAUAAAGCAGAAACUACCUGGAUUUCUGUGGAAGUGCACCAGGGAUUUCCCUGUCAGAGCUUCUUGUAUUUUAUUUAUGGUCCUAACACAAAGACAGUUUAUUCCACAAGACAUUUUAUUUCACAAAGAAAGUGUGUACUUAAUUCUUCCAUCAUCUUUCACUGAACUUUCAGUAAGAUAUCUCUCUUUUCCCUUUAUUAACUACACUGUUUUCAGAUAUUAGUUUGCUAUGCAAAUCACGUUUUGUGUUUCAUUAUGACUAGUUGCUAGAACUGAUCUACCUACUCAGAAACAAACACA